AUGGCGGGCAUGCCUGAGAGGAGAGCGGCGCAGAGGGUGAUAUGUGACAAAGAAUGGCAUUACUACGUCAUCAAUGUGGAGUUCCCUGUAGUUACCUUAUACAUGGAUGGAGCAACAUAUGAACCCUAUCUGGUGACCAACGACUGGCCCAUUCAUCCAUCUCACAUAGGCAUGCAACUUACGGUUGGCGCUUGUUGGCAAGGAGGAGAAGUCACCAAACCACGGUUUGCUCAAUUCUUCCAUGGCAGCCUGGCCAGUCUCACUAUCCGCCCUGGCAAAAUGGAGAGUCAGAAGGUGAUCUCCUGCCUGCAGGCCUGCAAGGAAGGACUGGAUAUUAAUUCCCUGGAAAGCCUCGGCCAAGGAAUAAAGUACCACUUCAACCCCUCACAGUCCGUCCUGGUGAUGGAAGGUGACGACAUUGGGAACAUCAAUCGCGCCCUCCAGAAGGUGUCCUACAUCAACUCCAGGCAGUUCCCGACGGCGGGUGUGCGGCGCCUGAGAGUCUCUUCCAAAGUCCAGUGCUUCGGAGAAGAUGUGUGCAUCAGCGUCCCCGACAUGGAUGCCUAUGUGAUGGUGCUGCAGGCCAUUGAGCCCCAGAUCAGCCUCCGGGGCACGGACCACCUCUGGAGACCCACCACCCAGUUUGAAAGUGCCCGAGGGGUGACCCUCUUCCCGGACCUCAAGAUCGUGAGCACCUUUGCCAAAGCCGAGGCCCCGGGUGACCUGAGGACCACAGCCCCCAAAUCAGCAGUCUUAGAAGAAAUGCUUCACAACUUAGAUUUCUGUGACAUUUUGGUGCUUGGAGGGGACCUGGACCCAAGACAGGAAUGCCUGGAGCUCAACCACAGCGAGCUCCAUCAGCGACACCUGGAUGCCACCAAUUCCACAGCAGGCUACUCUAUCUAUGGUGUGGGCUCCAUGAGUCGCUAUGAGCAGGUGCUGCAUCACAUCCGCUACCGCAACUGGCAUCCAGGUUCCCUCGAGACCCGGCGGUUCAGAAUCAAGUGCUCAGAACUCAAUGGACGUUAUACCAGCAAUGAGUUCAACCUGGAGGUCAGCGUCCUCCGUGAGGCCAGAGUCUCAGACAAGGAGCAUGUCAACCACCUUAUUGUGCAGCCUCCCUUCCUGCAGUCUGUCCACCACCCUGAGUCCCAGGGUAGCAUCCAGCGCAGUUCAGUGGUCCCAAGCAUCGCCACAGUGGUCAUCAUCAUCUCCGUGUGCAUGCUGGUAUUUGUCGUGGCCAUGGGCGUGUACCGGGUCCGGAUCGCCCACCAGCACUUCACCCAGGAGACGGAGGCUGCCAAGGAGGCUGAAAUGGAUUGGGACGACUCUGCGCUCACUAUCACAGUCAACCCCAUGGAGAAACAUGAAGAACCAGGGCGUGGGGAAGAGGAGACUGAGGAGGAGGAAGAGGAAGAAGUAGAGGAAGACGUGAGCUCCAGCAGCAGUGAGUCAGAGGACAGCGAAGAGGAAGAGGAGGAGGAAGGGGUCGGCAGGGGCAGGCAUGGGCAGAACGGAGCCAGGCACACCCAGCUGGAGUGGGAUGACUCGGCCCUACCCUACUAG